GUGGCGGGCCCCAGAGUCGCCGUCAACAUCCCACCGUUCUCACGCGCCUUUGAAAUCUCUCUUUCUCUCUCUCUCUCUCUCUCCCCGCUUUUCUCCGAGAUUGAAUCCAUUCUCACUCCACUGCAGCUCUCCCGAAAGCUCCGGCAUCGGAUUCUUCCCAACUGGUCCGCAACUGAGACCACUGUAUAACGUGUGUGUGUGUGUCUCUCUCUCUCUCUGCAAAUGAUGCUGCUCCGGCUUUUAUGAUCGGAGCGAGUGAGCGAAUCGGGCUCGCCAAAUCGAAGUUUGGAGCUGGAAUCGGAGUUCUGAGAAUUGGACAUGGUGCUGGUGCUCGCUGUGUUCCUGGCCGGGUUCGUCGUCGGGGCAAUCGCGAUAAUCGCGGUCGAAGUCCUGGCGUUUUUGGUCUUGGUCAAUCGGUUGAGCCGGAAGGUUGGGAAGUCGGAAGCGUCUCAGCCGGCGGGCCACGACGUCGAUCACCAGCUAUCGCUCGAUUUUGCUCGCCGCAAGCAGGGGGAUGUUUGGGUUCUUGAGCCAGAAAGAGUUCCAAAAAGUCGCAUAGAGAAAGUACAGCGUGAGCAAAAGAAGAAAAAGGAUUUUUUGGAGGUUUCACCUGUUCGAAAGCAUGCUGUAAUCAAGGACCAUUUGCUCAUUUUGACAGAAGCAGACGGUUCUCCCACUACUAUAGAGUUGACGGGGUGUGUGAUUGAGGCCGUUUCGGCAACAGACCUACCUUCUAGAAAAUGGGCCAAAAGGUUCCCUAUCAAACUGGAAAGUACAAGCGCCGCACUCUAUAAAGGCAGCAAGGUCUUUUACAUUUAUCUCGAGACUUCUUGGGAGAAGGAGUCGUGGUGCAAAGCCCUUCGUCUUGCCUCAUGUGAUGACAGAAAAAGACUUACCUGGUUUUCCAUGUUGGAUGGCAAAUUUAAGAGUUACUUGGUAUCUUUACGCGAAGAAUAUCCAUCGUUUAUGAAAACUCCUUCACCAGUCUAUGCUGAGUCGAUAGAUAGGGAAAAUAUUACUGAUGGUCCUUCCUCAAGGGUUCGUUUGUUCUGGAAAAAAUUUGCAAGGAAGGUGUCUAAGGCUGGCAUAGAGAAUAAGUCAUCUUGGGUCUCAUCAUCUAGCCGCGAAGAAAGAAAUAUGAAUGAGAGACUUAUUGAUCACCGAGAUUCUACUUCAGCUCCUGGUUCAUUAAGGGCUUCUCUUCCUCAACAUUCAUUAUCUUUACCCCAUUCAGGCAGUCAGGGUCAUAUCUCUGUGGUCUCUGAUGUUGAUUCCGAUGACAAAUUCAGAGUAGACGAGGGAACACAUUGUUGGAACUUGCUAAUUUCGCGGCUCUUCUUUGAUGCCAAAAGUAAUGAAGAUAUUAAAAGAUCGUUACAAUCUAGAAUUCAGAGGACUCUGUCCAAUAUGAGGACUCCCAGUUAUAUUGGAGAAGUCUUAUGCACUGAUAUUGAAACCGGAAAUCUCCCUCCUCAUAUCCAUGGCAUGAGGAUUGUUCCCCAGGGCAUCAGUGACAUCUGGGCUUUUGAAGUAGAUGUUGAAUAUUCUGGUGGUGCGAUAUUGGACAUCGAAACAAGAAUAGAGGUCCAUGAAUUAUAUCUUCAGAAUGAUAUAUCAAACUCUGAAGAAGUCUCACCAGAUCUUCUUGAAGGUUUUGAGUAUUUUGGAAAACAGCUGAAUCUUUCUGAAGGGGGCGAUGAUGCAUCAGAGAAGAAGGGUGAAUCAGAUCAUAAACUAGAGGGAAUGAAGAACUCUAAGAGCAAUGUGUCAGCAACUCACAAGUCCAGGUGGAAGUCUAUUCUAAAUACAAUUGCCAAACAUGUCUCACAGGUGCCAUUAACUUUGCGGAUUAAGGUGGCUUCUCUUCGAGGAACGCUGCGGGUGCAGAUAAAGCCUCCCCCUUCGGAUCAACUGUGGUUUGGUUUCUCGUCAAUGCCUGAAAUAGAUUUUAACCUGGACUCAUCUGUUGGUGAACACAAAAUCACUAGUGCACGCAUUGCUUCAUUCCUUAUAAACCGUUUCAAGGCCUCGAUACGCGAAACCAUGGUGCUUCCUAACCGCGAGAGUCUAUGCAUUCCAUGGAUGCUAGCAGAAAAGAAUGACUGGGUUCCACGAAAAGCUGCUCCUUUCAUGUGGCUUAAUCAAGAAGGCACCAAAGAUCUGAUGCCCAUGAUGGAGAAGCCCUGCUCUCAACCCAUUGAGGCGAAACCGAAGACUGACUUAAGUAGGCAACCAUCGAGUGGUCAUUCUGAAAGCAAGCAGCAGCAAAUGCUAAACAACGCAGAGCCUGAGCUGACAUCAACCAGCGAACCCUCAGAGUCACCGGGACCUACAAAUGCAAGCAACCUUCAAGAGCGGAGCAUAUCUCCACAAGAAUUGAAGACGCCAUUGUUACUGAAUUAUGAGCCCCGGGAUGACUUCCGACGGAAUGGAGAGACUCCACUGACUGGUUCGCCGUUGAGGUCCGUAAGUAUAUCAGACAAUCAAGAUCAGACGGUGGAACACGACGACACAAGGCCAAAGAGGAUGGGAACAAGAGCAAGGAUGCUCGAUCUGGGGAAAAAGAUGGGCGAGAAACUCGAACGUCGUAUCGAAGAGAAAAAAAAGCACAUUGUCGAGAAGAUGCGCGGACCCGGACCGAUGUAGAGAUGUAUCCAGAAUUUAGACUGCUGGUAAAGUGGGAUUAUAAAAUCAGAUGCAGAAAGCAACGUUGUCCA